CAGCCGUGCAUCUGCCGUGCAGGUUCCGUGCGUUCAUUGUCGGCACCAAAAAGCAUCAUGUCCCGAGUGUACGUGGGCAGACUGAGCUACAGGGCCAGGGAGAAGGACGUGGAGAGGUUUUUCAAAGGUUAUGGGAAGAUUCUAGAGGUUGAUUUGAAAAAUGGGUAUGGUUUCGUGGAGUUUGACGACCCCCGGGAUGCAGAUGAUGCGGUCUAUGACCUGAAUGGGAAGGAGCUUUGUGGAGAGCGGGUGAUAGUGGAGCACACCAAAGGCCCUCGUCGUGAUGGAGGCGGCGGCGGCGGCGGUGGAGGUGGAGGAGGGGGGUACGGGGGUGGAGGAGGAGGUGGAGGCGGAGGAGGUGGACGUAGUGGAUAUGGCCGCUGGGGCAGAGACAGGUACGGACCUCCGAUCAGGACUGAUUAUCGACUCAUUGUAGAGAAUCUGUCGAGCCGCUGCAGUUGGCAGGACCUCAAGGACUACAUGCGUCAGGCUGGAGAGGUGACCUAUGCUGACACCCAUAAGGGCCGUAAGAAUGAGGGUGUGAUCGAGUUUAGGCUGUAUGCCGACAUGAAGCGGGCGCUAGAGAAAUUGGACGGGACUGAAGUGAACGGGCGAAAGAUCCGCCUCAUCGAAGACCGCCCUGGGGCCAGACGUCACCGCUCCUACUCUCGUAGCCGCAGCAGAUCCAGGUCUCGUUCCAGGAGCCGCAGGUCUCGCAAAAGUAGAAGUCGCAGCAUGAGUAGCAGUCGCAGUCGCUCACGAUCCAGAGCGGCAUCUCGCUCACGAAGUCGUUCCCGUAGCAACAAAAAGGCGAAAGCUAAAGGUAAGAAAGAGGAUGAGGAGCGUGGUCAGAAGAACAAGGAGCAGAGCCGAAGCCACAGCCCCAAACCCAAGAAGAGCAAAAAGGAGGCCAAGAAGAGCAAGAAGGAUGUCUCUAGGUCCAGAUCCCGGUCAAGAUCCAGGUCUAAGUCCAAGUCUGGGCCCAAAGAUCGCUCCAGAAAAUCCGGAUCUAAAGGUCGGGACGGAGAUGGGGGUGAUGGAGACCGGAUGUCCCGCUCAAGAUCACGCUCCCCGGUUGAGUCUAGGGCAAGGUCCAAAUCUCGCUCAAAAUCUCGUUCCAAGUCCCAUUCGAAAUCUCGCUCAAAAUCUCGCUCUCCCUCUCCUGCUAAUGGCAACAAGCGAUCUGUCUCUCGGUCUCCCUCCCGCUCAAUGUCCCGAUCCAAGUCCAGGUCUGUUUCCAGGUCUCGUUCCCGUUCUUAAGACAUAUUUGGCACCACUCUGCGCCCCCCCCUUCCCUCGCCUACUUUCUGCACACCCCUCAUCACCAAUCUCACCCCUUGUUUUUUGAUAAAUAGUUGUAGAAAAUUCAAUGUCUUUUAUGCACCUGCCAUCACACAACUACAUUGACUGUAUUUUUACAUUGUCAGUUAUCCUUCAUAGUGUUUGUAUAAGUGAUCUGUUUUAUAAGUUAAACUAUUGUGUUUUAGCCUUUUUUAUGCAACAUUGAAGUGUUUCAUUGAUCAAAUCGAUGGGAACAAAUUCAAAUUUUCCCAUUUCUGUGAAAGUCCUUGUAACAUUUAGUUUCAUAUUAAAAUGCCUGUUGAGGA